CCCAUGUUAAAGUUGACUCAAAAAAUCAAACGUGGAUGAAUAAUCUAAAUGGAAUUGUCUAAAUAUUAAUUUUAUUAUAAAUUGAAAAAAAAUUAAUAAAAUAAAAAAAUUGCACCGGUAUUAGUAAAAGGCGACGGAUACGCGCCCGAAUCCGGCAAGGCGUCGUUUCCAGAUCUGGGACCGUUCCCGGCCAAAGGAACAAACAAGUUCGAAGCUGGCAUUAGAGAUGAACUCAAUUACAGGCCGCCAUUUGAGAGUGGGAUGGCACCGCCCGGAGGCUGCCUCCUGCCGCCAUAGCCAUCACCUUUCAUUCCGCCGCCGUACACAUCACUCUUCGUUCCCGUUCUCCCCCGGUCUGUGCAUCUGUAUUCCAUGUCGGCCCCUCAUAGUCGGCGCGCAGAAGAGAGCCCCCAAGUCUGAUCCGAUUCUCAAGUCUUCCAUUGCCGAUGAAGAAGCUUUUACGAGUGAUGAAGAAGAUGACCUUCUAAUUGACGAGUUUGAAGGCGGUUAUGUGAAGCUGGAGCCGUAGUAUGACAUAAAGAUUCCACAAAGAUGAACUGCUAGAGGAAGAUGAUUUUUUCAAGGAUGAGAGUCUAGAGGAAGACCCUGAACUCUUUGUUGGCGAUGGAGCUGAAGGAGGUGGAAUCUCCCUUGCUGGGACACCAUGGGACAAAAAAGCAUUAGAAAUUGCUCAAGAAGUUGCUUUAUCAUUUGGUGGUGAAAUGGGAAUAUAUGCAUUUAGGACACUGAAAAAUGCCUACAUUCAAGUGCGAGUGGAGAGACUCACAAACAAGUCAGGAUCUCCUAGUAUGAUGGACAUUGAAGCUUUCUCAUCAGCUUACAGAGAACGGCUUGAUGAAGCUGAGUCCUUAGGAUCUGUCCCAAAUAUCUUAUCCCUGGAGGUCCUUUUUUCUCAAUCUCUCUUUCUUAGAUUUGCAUGCCAUGACCUUACUUCUAGGGACUCACUCCCACUAUUUUUCAUUUUCUAUAUUGAUCUGUAAUUUGCUUUGUAAUUGAUGAGAGAGCAUAAAGUGUGGGUUCUCCUGCUUAUUUGGAAUUGUAAACAAAGCCUUUGAUUAUCUGAGUUUUGGUCGAAUUAUCACGCGGCCCUUGUGUGUCUUCACGUUGCAUUUGAUGUUUUCAAUGCAGGGAGUUAAAAAAUUUGAAAUCCUUGG